AUUAUAAUAAUAAUAAUGCAAAAAUGUACAAUUAUUCAAAAUGUGGAAAAGUCACAUUCACUGGGAUAAAAACUGAAGGGAGAAAAGACUCAAGAUUACACUUUUUGCUCCACUGAUUUAAUGCAUGCAUAUGAUGGACACCAGAAACAAGCUUUAUAUCUCACCGGUUCUUUAUGUCACAAGAUGUGGAGUAAUGAGGACGGACAGACUCAGAAAGACCGUGCAGGUAGGACGUUUUGGAGAAAUGGAGUAUAUCGUCAGACGAAUGCUGAGGAUGAAGCUCACCAGACAGGAGGAGGAAAAAAAAAAAGGCCAAGGAGGAGGAUUAUUAGGAGACGUGGAAAGUGAAUGACAUGCAUGCGUUUGGUUAGAAGAAAAACGGCGAUCAGGAGAUGGACAAUCCGCAGGAGCAGCAGGAAGAAGAAGAAAAAUUCCAAAUGUUUGGGACAUUAGACACAUCCAGAGAUGUCCUGUACAAUGCCUCAAAGAUUGUGGGGACGAUUUUGGAAAUAAUGGCAUAUGGAAAAAGUCCCCAAUAGAUUUCCAAAAAUAGUGUAUGUCCAUAGCAGGACCUCUUUUUUUUUUAUUUAUUGUUUUUAUUUUUUUAUUAUUAUUAUUAUUAUUAUUAUUAUUGACCCGUUUGCCUUCUCUGAACUGCUUGAGGUGCUUUAAAGACCUCAGAAUCCAUGACCUGUAAAGGCAGACUGAACCUGAUCCAGCAAUAACCACUUACAUCUAUACAUACAUAAUUAAUCUUUGGUAGACGUGGAGGUUUUAUAACCACAGGCAUCUUUUACUAGGUCUGGAUGCGGUUGGUAGACCUACCGAUCCUGUAUGGUGAUUGAAUGAGCUGGUCAUCACUGCUGUCUGCUCAGCUGGUAUUUCCAUGUGGUUUGUUCAGUUUUCUAAACUUUCAACAGGAAAAAAUGUGGGGUGGGAUCCAUAAUCAGGAUGGACUGAUGGUAGGAAAGGGGAAAAAAAGAAACCAAUCAUUAUCAAUGGGAUAAAUGAGAACUCUAGCACCUCUAGUGGACAGACUGUUGCUUCCUCCCAGAACUGAAACUUAUGAAUGAAAGGAAAGUGAAAGUGUCUUUUUCCAGUUAAGAUUCGCUUUUAGGAAAGUGUUCACACCAGAGCACUACAUUGUCUCACUACAUUGGACGAAAUACUUCACUACAGUUGCAGACCUGGUGGAUUAAAAAAAUUAUAAUAAUAAAAUUAUAUAUAUAAUUUAUUUUUUUUUAAAUGGGAAUGGCUUGGAGUAUAAGACAUGAUUCUUGCAACAUAUCUAGAACCAUGGGUGUGAGAGGCCUCUCGAACUGCGGCCUCUCCUGCUGUAUAAAUGCUUUACUGCAGGCUUUCGCAGCCACCGCGGAGAUACAGGAGCUGCUCAGCAGAUGGCAGCCGUCUGACAAUCCAACCAUCUCCAACGUUCCCCUGCAGCUCAAAAGAGCACUGGAAGCCAUGAAGGAUAAAAAAAAGGCCGAUCCACAUCUGGAUUUUCUGCAGUGCCUUCACCAUAACCACUUUAGCCGGUUAUUGCAACACGACGCCGACGAAGUGUUCCACGGCAUCCUGAACCACGUUAGGAAGCAGAUGUCUGACCAGCAAAUUGUGGCGGAGAUUGAAAAACUUUACAAGAUCGAGGUGGAAGGAUGUUGCCGGUGUUUGAAUUGUGAGAACGUACACCGUGUUCCCAGCUACUUCUUCAGCUUUCCACUACAUCUCUGUGGAAACAAGAACACAUUGGAGGACUGUUUCCGAAUGUUUUUCGACUCGCAGAAGUUGGAAGGCAGUGAAGCUUUUUACUGCACCAAAUGCGAACAGAAGACGCCGUGUAUUCAGGGGGACAGGCUUGUCUCGCUGCCAUCUAUAUUGUGCAUUACUCUCAAGAGGUUCAGGAACAUGAACAGCUUGACCAGAAAGCUGAACACCAGAGUCAGUUUCCCUGAAACCAUUAACAUGGCUGCAGUAUUUCCUGAGGAACAGCCCCAAGUGGGUGGUCUGUACAGACUGUACGGAGUAAUAGCCCACUCUGGGAUGGACAGGUGCGGGCACUACACAGCGUACAUCUGUUCCCAGGAUCACCAGUGGUUUUAUAUCAACGACGGCAACGUGUCCCAAGUCAGCUGGAAGGAGGUUCAAGAAACGUACGGAGGAAACCGAGUGUUCAGUGAGACUGCCUACUUGCUGAUGUACAGGAAACAGAGCUCAGAGGAAGCCCCGAGACAAUGUUAAAACAACU